CACUUUCUGUUCAUCCCCACUCUUGGACUAAACAUGAAAACAACAAUAAUACAACACUGAAAUUUUAACUCAAAUUUAAAGAAUGGUUUCCUCAAUCCUUCUUCAACAAUCAGUUAGCUGUUUCAUCUACAACUACCAGUUGGGCAAGAAUUUAAAGAAUGUGUUUGCACCAAAAAAAUCCAACUUGAUGGAAAGUUAUAAGCAUAAUAAGAGAAUUGGGGGAAUUAAAGCAAGAACAGCAGAAGCAGCAUUUGAUACAAUUGAAACUGCAACUUCACCCACUGCUUUCCCUUUUUUCCAAACUGGGUCUCAACAAGAAGACACCCCUGCUUCCAAGUUGGAGUUAGCAGAUCCUGAAUUUUAUAAAAUGGGAUUUGUUAGAAGUAUGAGAGCUUAUGGGGUGGAAUUUAGGGAAGGCCCAAAUGGGUUUGGAGUGUUUGCCUCUAAAGAUAUCGAACCUAGUCGCCGUGCCAAGGUGGUUAUGGAGAUACCAUUGGAGUUGAUGUUAACUAUUAGCCAAACAACCCCAUGGAUGUUCUUUCCUGAUAUCAUACCAGUUGGGCAUCCGAUAUUCGACAUUAUCAACUCAACUGAUCCAGAGACAGAUUGGGACCUCAGAAUGGCAUGCCUUCUUUUAUAUGCAUUUGAUCAUGACAAGAAUUUUUGGCAACUCUAUGGUGAUUUUUUGCCUAGUGCCGAGGAGUGCACUAGUAUGCUUCUAGCUACAGAGGAUGACCUGAAAGAGCUACAUGAUGAAGAUCUUGCUUCAACCAUGAGAAAAGAGAAAGAACGAGUUGCGGAAUUUUGGGAAAAGAAUUGGCACCCUGCCAUGCCCCUGAAAGUAAAACGGCUUGCUCGAGAUCCACAGAGAUUUGUUUGGGCUGUUAGUAUGGCACAAACUAGACACAUUAACUUCAGAAUUAGGAUUGGUUCGUUAACUCAAAAUGCAAAUAUGUUUGCUCCUUAUGCAGAUAUGAUGAACCAUUCUUGCCAACCAAAUUGUUUUUUCCAUUGGCGAUUCAGGGAUCGUAUGUUUGUGGUGAUGACAAACGCUGGACAGCGGAUUAAAAAGGGAGAAGAGAUGACCGUGAAUUACAUGAGUGGCCAGAGGAACAAUAUACUUAUGCAAAGAUAUGGCCUUUCAACACCAUCAAAUCCUUGGGAUGUCCUACCAUUUUCUGGAAAUUCAAAGAUCCACUUAGAUUCCUUCUUGUCAGUGUUCAACAUAGCUGGCUCUUAUGAAGAUUAUUACCAUAAUACCAAUUUUGCAAGUGAAGUAGAUAAUUUUGUGGAUGGAGCAGUUUUAGCAGCUGCAAGAACAUUGCCUACGUGGUCAGAAGGUGAUAUCCCUCCGAUCCCGAGCUUAGAAAUAAAAGCCGUGAAAGCCCUGCAGGAAGAAUGCCAACAAUUUCUUGCUGAAUAUAGCACCACUUCCAAGCAAGACCAGCAUAUCCUAGAUUCUACUCCAGAAAUGAGCUGGACCCGUGAAGCUGCAAUCAAGUAUAGGUUGCACAGGAAGUUAUUUGUGGAGAAAGUUAUACAAGCUUUGGAUUUAUACCAAGAUAGGAUAUUGUUUUAGUUACAGGGCAGCAUUUAGUUUUGUAGGCUAAAAAGGGUUCCCUUCCUAGACUGUACCAAGUAGAGUAUGUUUUAGACAUAGAUUUCUCUUUCACUUUUUACUUUUCCUUUUGCUGUCUUUUUCGAUUUUCGUAUUAUAUACCGUAGGGUUAUGGAGAAUGCCAUGUUUGCACUUUAUAGUUUAUAUAUGUGUUUAUACAAACCAUUGAACGCCAGUCAGGCAAGCAUUUAGAACA